AUGGGAUAUACUUCGACCCUUAAAUUCGUGAACUUAGGGGUGAGGAGGAGAUUAUUUAGAAGAGCUCAUAAACAGCCACAUCAUAAAUGGGAUAGUAUAAAAAACCAGUUGAAUGAAUUAUUAAAAUAUGGAAGGAUAGAAACAACUUUAACAAAAGCAAAAGAGUUACAAGGUUAUGCUGAGGAGUUAAUUUAUUUGGCUAAAAAAGAUAAUGUAGAAAAUAAUUUAAAAGUAGAAAGUAUGUUAAGAACAGCACAAGGGAGAAGAAGAUUAUACGAAUUUUAUGUGCCAUUAUAUAGACAUAGACCCUUUUUUUUUACUAGGAUUAUUAAUCAAUGGAAAUUACGUUUAAGAGAUUCAGCACCUUUGGCUUAUAUCGAAUUUAUAGAUAGACCAGGAGAACUACGACCAGCUAAACCUGUAGGUUAUAAUAAAAUUAAAUUUAUAUAUGAAGAAAUGAAAAAAAAUAGAAGAAAUUUUCGAAAAUAUUUUAAUAUAGCAAAAAGGUUUCAUUUGCUUGAUGAAAAUGAUCACCUUCUUCCUGACUUUGCUGACACUGGUCAUGUUCCCGAGAAAUCUUGGUAUGAUGAAGAGAAUGAAGAAGAUGAUGAUGAAAUUAUUAUUAACCCUGAAUUAAUACAAAAAUAUAAAAAAUUUAAUAACCCUAUGUUGAAAGGACCAAAAAAAGGAAGGGAACCUUUUUAUGUAGACUUACCUCUACCAAGUGUUACAGAAAGAACAUUUUUAAAUUACAGGAAAAAAUUUAAGCCGUAA